AUAUGUGGUUAUAUCUGUGGUGUUACAUUUUUUGCAGUGUAUUAAUUUCGGGCGAGGUGAUCACACUAAUGUAAACCCCGAAAGCGGUUUAAAUAACGUUCGGCGAAGAGUUAAAGAAAUAACCAACUGGGAAAAAAGUGACUGGAUUUUGAAAAAUUCAACUCAUUUUAAUUUCGGUCCUGUACUUGAUCAGCGCUGGACAGAUUUUACUGGUAUCGGGAAUGAAGAUUCAAAUCUAUCCGAUAGAGAAACAUUUUCGGUUUGUACAAGGAAUGAGUGGAACAUUAUUGUCGCUGCUUUUUUUGGCAGCAAAUAUGUUGAAAUACCAAGACACGCUAUGCAAAAGUCAUCGUGUUCGUGGCUACAUUAUACACCAAGAAAAACUGGUCACGGUGUAAUAUUGACAUCCGUCAGGAACGAAAUAUUAAACACAAGUCUAACAUUUGAUGCGUUAUGGAUUAGUUUUCCAAAUGAUAAGAACUAUAAAUUACACAGAUAUGAAUUUCUGUUUGCGAACACUAGCAGUACAGAAGUUUCCUAUAUUGUUGUAAAUUUUACACAGUGUGUUACAUUCUAUGUCUCCGUAGACACAGGGUGUUAUCUGAAUAUAUCACUAAGUUCAGAACGGUCUAGUAAAUCGAUAAGAGUAGAUGGAUUCAAUGAGCAAAAUACUUUCAGAAAAUGGAAAAAAUACGAAAUGAGAAAUGAAAUUGGCGUAAGUGGAAUAGUUUCUUUUUUCCGGGGACGGAACGAUAGUAGCACCAUUGGUUUUUGGGCAAUUGAUGAUAUUCACAGCUGCGACUCUGAAAUAGUUGUAUAUGAAGCCAAUUUAGCAAAUAAGACAUGGAAAAAUGAAACGUGUGAAAUUCUGAACUUCAAUGAAUAUUCAAAUAAAACUUGCAACAGCAGUUCUUUUGGAAAACACUGUCAAAUUAAGUGCUCCACAAUUUUAGGACCUUCUUAUCCUAACUGUGAAAAACAUAGAAUAUGUUCAUCAGGAGGUAGAUGCCAUUGUGCUUGGGGAUACGAGGGAACAAACUGCACAGAAGUUUGUGAAAAGGGCUUUUGGGGCAUAGAUUGCAAAGAAAAGUGUAAUAUUAAUUGUGAAAUUUGCGACAGUAUGUCAGGUUGUACACAAUGCAAGAAAAAAUAUUUCGGAGCAAACUGUACAUUAGAACUUCCAGUCGUACGAAAACCGCCUUCUUUAGAAUCCGUAGGAGAAGAUUUUGUCAAAAUUUCAAUAAAUUUUGAAUAUGGUGUAAUUGAAGCAACGCCCGAGUCGUAUAUAUUGCAGUUAAAACAUUUAAAUGAGAAAAUUUUCCACAAUGUCAUGGCAGUCAAAGAUUAUCCUGGUAGUACGGAAAAUGUAUCGUUGAGAUUGAACAUCUCAAGAGAACACUCUUAUGUAAUCAGAAUUAUACUGAUCAGUUACAGUCUGUCGUUUCAAGACAGUACUGUGCCGGAAUUAAUUCUGUACAGAAAAUCUUUGCAAACGCAUUUUCAAGACAAUGGUGCAAUUGCUCUAACUUGGCCUGAUCUUGAAAAACAAAACUUUGACAGUUAUCUCAUCCAGUUUGAGUGCAAGAAACCGUUUUGUCCAAGUGAUGUUAAGACAGGACAUAACACAAUCAAUAAUGGAACAACUCUGGAAUUAAACGAUAUCAGCUACUUAGAAAAAUGUACUUUCAGGUUAUUUAGUACAAUAAAAGAACAUGUACAACUGAUAGAUCAAACAACUAUAAAUCUUCGAAAUUUAACAAAGGAGAUAGAAGAUGUAGAAUUUCCGAAAAAUGUCACUCUAACGAAAAAACACAUUCUUAUCGAAUUAAAUGAAUGCAUUAAAUUUUCUGCAUCCUUAAAUUAUUCACUAAAAGUCACAUGCAUAAGCAGGUGGUGUACGAACGAAUCCACUGAAAUUGUUGCAUUUGAUUUAAAAAAAUAUAGUGCGACAUUUUUAAUAGAUGCAAAAAAUUUGUAUGCAUUUACAGACUACAACAUUACAAUAGAAGCAAAAAGAUUUGGCCAAAAAACAAGAUAUCGAGUGUAUUCCUACAGAUCAACACCACUGAUGAAACCCCACAGUGUAAAAGAUUUAUUCCUAUAUUCUGUUAAUAGAAGAUUAUUUAUAAAGUGGAAAGAACCUUAUCCACCAACAGGACAAAUAGAAUCCUACAAUGUUACUCUUCGAUAUACCCCUAACACAACUACGAAGUCCACGAAUUUUACAUUUCCUUGCGAAAUAUGGGGUGGUUUUAUAUGUGCAAACAUAAUACUAGCUGAAAAUUUCACUGCUGUUAACAUCACAGUACAGGCAAAGAAUUAUGACGUGUCUGAAUGGAGUGAGGUAACAAGUGUGUUUGUGCCACAAGAAAACGUAAUUUUUGCCCCCGGACAUUUGCAAGUUCAAUUAAGUCAACCAAACGAAAUGAUUAUUUCGUGGAAACACCCGGUAUACACAAACGGAAAAAUAAAAGCGUUUGAAAUUGUGGUAGACGAUGGUGAAGAAGAAACACGUUUUACAGAGGAGAUUUCAAGCGAAAAUUUAAGUUACAACAAAACUAUUAGAAUAGAAUAUGAGAAAAGAUAUAACAUAUCUGUAUGGGGACAAAAUGUAGACACUAGAGGCAGAAAGGCAACUAUUUACGCAAUAUUUUCUAAACCUGUUCCUGAAUUUUCGACCAUCCCUUUCUUAACAACGUGUGGACGAACUUGUUCCUUAAUACCACCCACGGCAAAGUCGCAAAAAAUAAAAAAAAUCACGGUCAUAAUAACAAAAAACAAUGAAGACCAAGUUUUUUGUUCAGAAAAUGUCACAUUCUGUGACACAGGUCUUCAAAUGCAAGAUAUUUGGAAACAAAAGUACUAUUUAAAAAUAGAUAACGCAACAUUUCCAAUUGAGUUUACUGCAGUGGAUGUUGAUAUUAAAAAAGCAGAGUUAUUCUACGUGGCAAUUGCCUUGUGUGCAGUUUUAAUGAUUAUAAUCGGAUUUCCAUCUUACCUUGUAUUUAAAAGACGGAAACAAAUUUUCAGAAAACAUAGUAACACAAAUAGUGAAAAUACUGCUAUGUUAGAGUUUGAAGAAAAAAAAAAUUCAACAGAAAACGACAAUUCGCUUUGUAGGGAAACUAAACUGAGCGAUUUUAAAAAUUAUUUCCUGGCAUCGCUUGACGACAAUAAAAUAAUACAACAAUUUAAGGUAAUAUCAAAAUUUAGAGAUCGUAGUUGUACCCGAGAACUGGAAAAUUUCGACUUUGAAAAUUAUUUACCUCAUAAUGAAACUACAGCGAUGAAUAACGAAAGAAGACAUUUAAAUGCAAACUACAUAAACAGUUACGAUAUGCCAAAAGCGUUCCUUGUUACCGAACCACCUCUAGAAUCCACACUGCACGAUUUCUGGUUCGUGGUAUGCCAAGAAAACAUCAAAACUAUUAUUAUGUUAACUAAAUUAGAAGAAAAUGGAUCCCUUAAAUGCGAAAAGUACUGGCCAGAUGAGCAUUCACACUUCAGAUUUGGAAAAUUUUUAAUUAGAAGUGUUUCCGUGAAAGUAAAAUCUGACUACGUUCAACAAAUUCUGGAAGUAAAAUAUGAUAAUGAAACUCGAGUGGUUCGCCAUUUUCAAUAUAUGACUUGGUCUAAUCGAAAUGUGCCUCAAUCUGUUACGAAUUUUACUUCUUUUGUGACAGAAUUAAUGGAAGAUCGUGAUCAAUACCCAUUUGUUGUGCACUGCGAUGAAAAACGGGGAAGAACAGGAAUUUAUAUUUUGUGCGAGGUGGCUCUAAGAAUGAGCAUUCAAGAAGGAAAAGUAGAUUUUUUAAAAACUUGUAAAGAAAUAAAUCAACCUGCUGGGUUAAUAAGUCACUUGGAACAAUAUAUUUUCUGUCAUUUUGUGAUGUUGGAAUACCACUUCGGAGAAGACUUUGGUGCUUCUGACGGAAGAACUUAUUUUAUGCUUAAAAUACAGGAUGCCAUGCAGGAAUCUUCUUUACAACGUUUGGUGGAUGACCUGGAAAAGGUUACAAAGCAGUACCACACAACUGUCAAAAAAAGCUACUUUAGAAAUUUAUUAGACAGUAGAUCAAACUUUGACCCCAUUACCGUGGACAGUUUUAAUUACCCCAAGAGAUUUGUAGUAACCAAACAGCCUUCACUGAAUAGUGUUGAAUACUUUUGGAAUCUAGUUAUGAGCUAUGAAGUUGAAAUGAUAGUAUCUUUAAACCAAAAAGACGACAAAGGCAAGGAUUGUCCAAGGUUUUGGACUACAGAUCCUCGACAAACCUGGUCCUUAGGUGAAUCCUGCAAACUGACUUUUCUGAGUGAAGACAAUCACACUGAUGUAUUUGACAUCUUUACCAUGAAAAUUCACAAUACGAGUAACAAUGAUGAGAAAAUAGUAAAAAUUAUAAAUGUCAAAACCUGGGAUGGUACCAGUGUUAGACCUUUAAAUAUCAAAGAUCUAAUUUAUGUUUGGGACAAAACUGUACUCUACAAUGGACAAAUUAUUGUCACCUGCUAUGAUGGAAAAACAGCCAGUGGCCUUUUUGUGGCUUUGGCCUAUUUAUUGGAAAAAAUCAACACUGAUCGUUGUUGUAACGUUUUUAACGUCGCCAGGAGUGUGAAGCAAAGUUGUCCACAUUUCCUUAAAAAUCCUGAACAAAUUAAAUUUCUCUACGAAGCAGCUUUAGAAUAUGUCCGAGAAUUUGCUCUUUAUGAAAUUGUAGUUUAGCUAAUGUACUUUUUGUUUAAUAACUGCGAAUAAAAAUUUUGUACGAUUA